UCCUGGUGCUGCUGGCCCUUUAAGAGGAGCGGGAGGGGCCCGCAGCAUCUCGGCUGCGGUGUUUUUGUCUCUGUCUGUCAGUGAGCGCUCCUGGGCCGAGAAGGCUGAAAGGAUUCCCAGAAGGAAGGAAGAGGCUGACUGUUGAAGGGGGAAAAAGGAAAGAAGGAGCCUGGAGAGGAGAACUCUCAUCCUCACAGCACAAACAGCUGGUAUAAACCUCUUUCUGUCCUAAAUGGUGGGAGUUUGUGUGUGACUGAAAACACAGGCUCAUCAUGGCUCAGGUGCUGCACAUGGACCCCGCCUUCCCAGGGAAACUCAACCCACCCGCUCCUCCUUCCCUGCACGCCAAAGAGCAGGAGGCGCCCUACUCAGUGGAGACCCCCUAUGGCUACCGUCUGGACCUUGACUUCCUCAAAUAUGUUAAUGACAUAGAGAAGGGGAACACUAUCAAGAAGGUGUCUAUACAGCGAAGGCCGCGGUAUGGUUCCCUCCCUCGUGGUUAUGGCUACACGGGUUCCUGGUGGACCUCCACAGAGUCUUUGUGCUCCAACGCCAGCAUGGACAGCCGGCACUCGUCCUACUCCUACUGCGCCCCCGGCUACCACACAUCGCAGAGGCCCAGCUUCACCGCCGCUCGGGUGGAGAAGACUCUUUUAGACGCUCGCAGGAAGCUGGAAGAGGAGAAAGAGGGCCGGAGGUUCUCCAACCUGGGCAGUAUGCACAGCAGCGUAGCCGGCUCCAACACCUCCCUCAGCAGCGCGCACAGCUUCAACCGGGCUCAUGGUGGAGGCGGAUCCGUCACAAACUUGAGCUCUGGUUUGUCCACGCCCGUCACUCCGACCCCGGCUCACUUGCAGCACGUCAGGGAACAGAUGGCCGCGGCGCUGAGGAAGAUAAAAGAGCUGGAGGAGCAGGUGAAGACCAUCCCUGUGCUCCAGGUGAAAAUCUCUGUGCUGCAGGAGGAGAAAAGGCAGCUCAGCGUCCAGCUGAAGAGCCAGAAGUUUCUUGGUCACACUCUGGGUUUCAGCCGUAGCCGUCCUCGCGGGGAGCUUUACAUCGACAUCCCUGAAGAAGAGGUGAGCACCGGAGCUCCCAGCCACAACAAGACGGUCAUUCCAACGUCUCCAACCACACCCGAAGCCUCAAAGCAAGACUCGGGAUGUGAGAUCGAGGACACUGUGAUCGUAGGUGGAGCUCGACCACAUGCAAAGCGGGAAGUUCGCACUGUUGGAGUGGGACCGGAAGUCUCCCGGGGGACCUGCGAUGUGGGGGUGUGGGUUCAGGAGAAGGACCUGGGGCUGCUGCCUGAGACGGAGGUCCUCAGAGAUCAAGUGGGUCAGCUUGAGGGCAAGUUAAAGAGGACACUGGAGGAGCUGCAAACUGCACAGCAGCAGGCCACCACAGUUCAGGAAACCCCGCAGGCGGACCAUCCAGUGAUGGCGACCAGCAUCGGCUGGCAGGAACCGCAAGGACGCAGCCAGCACAGAAUGGUCAGCUUCACACAGCAGCCACAGCAGAGGACCCAGAGAAGUGUGGGGAUCCAGGUGUACACACUGGAGAAGCCAACGGUUGUGGAGGUGGGCACGCUGCUGCGAGCCGAGUCCUGCAGCUCUCCAUCUCCUCGACCUGUGAGUGGAGUUCUGGAGAACCAGCACCAAGGAAAAACAGAAGAACAUCCGGUUGAGUUGCCGGUCGCCGUCAGCUCCAAACAGGUACGCGACAUCCUGAGAAGAGGCUUGUCCACCUCGGUACCCAUCGCUAACGCUGCCGUCGCUGUAGCAACGGGUAAUCAGAUCGACUUGGUUCAGUCUAAAGAAGAGGAGCUCAGUGGUUCUGUCCAGACACAAGAGAACUCAACUAAACCAGCUUCAUCUCCUCAGUCCUGUUUGAGAUCUAUCAUGAAGCGUAAGGCUGAAGGCGAACCGGGUUCUCCCUCCACCAAGAAAAACCUGCAGUUCAUUGGAGUCAAUGGAGGUUAUGAGUCCUCAUCCUCAGAUGAAAGUAGCAGUGAGAGCUCAGAUGAAGGGAGUGACUCCAGUGAGUAUCAUGAAGCCAGAGAGAAACUGCCAGAAUCCACCAUCCAGCACCAGCACAUAAUCCUGAACACCUCCAAGCCACAAGACGGAAACAUGGGGGACCCUCAGCAAGCUGCAGCCAACCCAGCCGUCAUUCCAGACUCCAGCUCCAGCCAAGCAGACACAAAGCUGCCAGACAAUGCUCCUCCGUCACCAGCCACACACACUGUUGUGCAAAAAUGUGCCUCUCAGCCAACAUCGGAUUCCACCCAAACUGCUCUGGCGAAGGAUUGUAAAGAGACUCCUGACCGGUUAUCCGAAAACACCGCCGCACAGAAGACGCCUUCCACACUGCCUCACACUGAAUCUGCAUCUUCGGUUACAUCAGUGAAAACAAGUGAUGCCACCAAACAGCAGCACACUGCCCAGUCAGAAACAUCUGCCGCAUCCCCCCAGCAGGAGAACAAGCCAGCAGCUGAGAGGGUUCCAAACGACUCCGGAUCUGCACCUUCCGAUCAAGUCAGAGCGGAGUUGAGUCAAAGCCUCAUGUCAGCGCUGCAAAAUCUGCAGAAAGCAGUGGGGGAACCAAACGCCUUCAGCCAGCAGGCAGCAAGGGAAGCCUACACCACUGUGCUGCAGGAGUGGCUGCGUGUGUCCUGUCACAAAGCAGCCGACACAUCUGUCGUCAAGGCCUACAUGGACGCCUUCGCCUCGAUUUCCCCCCAGCUGCUGAAGUUUGUGAUCAACAUGGCAGACGGGAACGGGAACACCGCGCUGCACUACACUGUCUCCCACUCCAACUUCCCGGUGGUCAAACUUCUGCUAGACACGGGUCUGUGUAACGCUGACAAGCAGAACAAGGCGGGUUACACGGCCAUCAUGCUGACGGCUCUGGCUGCUUUCCACUCCGACAGCGACCUCCAGACUGUCCUUCAGCUGCUGCGCACUGGGGACGUCAACGCCAAAGCCAGCCAGGCUGGACAGACGGCACUAAUGCUGGCGGUGAGUCACGGCCGAGGGGACAUGGUGAGGGCGCUGCUGUCCUGUGGAGCUCAAGUCAACAUCCGAGAUGACGACGGCUCCACCGCGCUCAUGUGCGCCUGCGAGCAUGGUCACGUGGACAUCGUCCGUCAGCUGCUCUCCGUCCCGGGCUGCGAUGCAACUCUCACUGACAAUGACGGCAGCACCGCUCUAUCCAUCGCCCUGGAGGCCAGUCAGAAUGACAUCGCUGUGCUUUUGUACGCUCAUCUCAACUUUGCAAAGCCUCCUUCCCCUGUUUCACCCAAGUCUCCUCUUCUGGGCUCCUCUCCUCCGGCCGUUGAACCAAAAUGAGCUGCACUCCUGCAGCUUCCCAGCACAGAAGCUUCUCAUCGAUCUGCAUCCUUUUGUCACACUAAAAUAUCUAUUUACAUCGCAACAUGCAGACCUGACAGCUUGCACCAUAAUAAUUCACAGUUUUGUGUACAUCGUUGUUUUUACAUGCUGACUGGAUCAUUCGGUGGAUGACGUGUUUUAUGUUUUAUCAUUUUUAGUAGCAUUAAGAAGUCAAAGCGGUUCAUGAGUGCACACCUCUGUUUCCAUCCUAUUAUUGUCAGACAGGAGCAUCGUGUGUGAUUAUUUGGAAUAACAAAAGCCACCCCUCUCGUAGAAAAAGUGUCCUUGCAUCAAACAACUCGUUGGUGCUACUAAAUAAUAACCCACCUCAACAGUAUAUUAAUGUUUAUGCACCUGAUUUAUUUACACCAGAGUAUUUUUAUAUUCGUUUUGUUAUCUGACCUGGUUGUGGUUUUAUUUGACAUGAAGAGGCAGAUUUUUUACUCCAGGAUGAACUUUUUAGUGUUUUUUUUCUAACAAAAACCUAUUUUAACAGCACAUUUUCACUCCAGUUCAGCAUCAGUGAGAUGAAAAAUGAGGUAACGGUUACUGUCUGAAGGUUAGGGUUCCUUAGAUUUUUAGACACAAUGUUUUUUUAUGGUUUUCAAAGCAGGAUAAAACCAGGAAAGAUUCUGGAGGAGAUUUGUCAGAGGGUUUUUAAAGCAUGUUCCAUGUAAUAUAUAUUAAUAUCAAAAUAAUAUAUGUCAGAAAAAAACUGCACCAAAUUGAAACUUUUUGGAACAAAAAAAGGAGACGGUAUUGAUGUCAAAUUUUUAUUACUUUUGAAAGAUUUUUUUGUCACAAUUUUCAUACUCAAUUUUUGUGAUGACUUUUUUUAUAAGCCUAGAAGUUUUUUAUUUAAGUAUCUAUCUUUUAUACAUUUAGAUUUUUUAAACUCACCUACUUUCUGCAAGCACACAGUUCUCUAGAUUUGUUUUUCUGACAGAUUAUGUAAAUUCUAGACUGUGUCUCUUCUGGUUUGUGCAUUUUGGAAAGCAGUCGAUUAAUAAAUGUAGACCCACAUCUUU